UCGCGCGCCCCGGGGCCGGCUGCGCACCGGGGGUCCAGCGCUCUGGGCUGCGCUGCAUCGGAGUCCCGCGGUCGGCCGCCCUUCUCCGCAUGGAUCCCGCGGAGCGCGCGCAGGCGGCGCGGGCUCGGGUGCCCAGGAUCGAUCCGUAUGGAUUUGAAAGGCCCGAAGACUUUGAUUAUGUGGCUUAUGAAGAAUUUUUUUCCACGUACCUGGUGAUACUCACCAAGAGGGCGAUCAAAUGGUCCAAACUUCUAAAGGGAAGCGGCGGGGUCCGAAAAAGCCUGACAGUGAAGCGCUAUGUACGGAAGGGAAUCCCACUGGAGCAUCGGGCCCGUGUCUGGAUGGCCGUGAGUGGAGCCCAGGCCCAGAUGGACCAGAACCCUGGAUACUACCACCGACUGCUGGAGGGAGAGGGCAGCCCCAGCCUGGAGGAAGCCAUCCGGACAGACCUGAACCGGACAUUCCCUGACAACGUGAGGUUCCGGAAGACGGCGGAGCCUUGUCUGCAGAAGACCUUGUACAACGUGCUGCUGGCGUACGGGCUACACAACCAAGGUGUGGGGUACUGUCAGGGAAUGAAUUUCAUAGCAGGAUAUCUGAUCCUUAUCACCAAGAAUGAAGAGGAAUCUUUCUGGCUCCUGGACGCUCUUGUUGGAAGAAUACUACCUGAUUACUACAGCCCAGCAAUGCUGGGGCUGAAGACUGAUCAGGAGGUCCUGGCAGAGCUGGUGAGGAUGAAGCUACCAGCGGUGGCAGCCCUGAUGGAUGCCCAUGGUGUGCUGUGGACCCUGCUGGUAUCCCGCUGGUUCAUCUGCCUGUUUGUGGACAUCCUGCCUGUGGAGACGGUGCUACGGAUCUGGGACUGCUUGUUCAACGAAGGCUCCAAGAUCAUCUUCCGGGUUGCUCUGACCUUAAUUAAGCAACAUCAGGAAUUUAUAUUGGAAGCCAGCAGUGUUCCAGACAUCUGUGACAAGUUCAAGCAGAUCACCAAAGGGGACUUUGUGACUGAGUGUCACACGUUCAUGCAGAAAAUCUUUUCAGAGCCAGGCAGCUUGUCCAUGACGACCAUCAGCAGGCUGCGUGAGAGCUGCCGGGCUGCGCUGCUGACCCAGGGCUGAGGCCCACGCCCAUUUCGCUGCUGCAACUCUACCGCCACAGCAGACACUUUACCGAUUCCGACCGCGCCGUUCCUCUGUAAAUACUCGAAGUCUUGACACUAGUAAUGUGAACUUUUAAAAGAAAAUGAUUUAAAAUGUGCUCUACACAUUUUGCCUAUCUUUGGAGUCAUAAUUAGAAUUAGCUGGCCCAGUGAGAUGGCUCAGCAAUCGCCUACCAAGCCGUACCCGGGUCCUGGGACCUAUAUGUUGUUUUUUGAGACAUACGCACACAUUGGAAAUAUCUAUUUUCCCUGAGAUGUCGGGAACGUGAGACAGGAAGGACACAUUUUGUUGAGUAGAGGUUAGCGCUGAGUUUCCUAGUGUCAUUCAACCUGAAGUUAGUGACUGUCGCGUGUGGCCCACCCACCCCCACCUUCCCAGGAUACUUUCGUGCUGUGCCCUAUGAGGGAUAGAUGGAGCAGAGCAGCCCACCUGCUGAACAUGGUUAUACUUGCUUUUUAGAAAUGGACCUUACAGUUGGUGAGGUCCCUGUCCUCCAUUCAGACCUUCUAAAACACCCACCCUAAUGUCCCACAGCCACAGCACAGCCUGGCAGACUGACGAAAUCUCCUGAAACAGGCUGUUCAUAUGAAGCUAGAUCAUCAGGUCUUGAUCAAUGGCAGCUGCCAUUAGUUGCAAAUAAGCACUGAGCCCAUUGUCUUGCAGUAUGACAGCUGAAAUGGACCCCCCCCCCCCCCGCACCGAAUCAUUUAUCAAAGCUGCUCAGUAGUCUUACCUGGAUGGCCCCAAAUCCUCUAAAGCGUGAUGUACUAACUCUGUCUGGGAGUGAGUAGACCCAGAGGUGUACCUAACACUACUGUAGAGAUAUUUCACAAGGCAGUAUGCACGCCCCGCCCCACCCCCAAGGUAUGGCUUGGAGGGAAGCGUGCUGGGGCCCCAGGGAGCUAGAGUCACAUGGGGGAGAACUCAUAUGCUCAGUCUGAGUGGUAGAGAGCCUGCCCCAGUCAAGGAACAGAACUCUCUUCAGCUCAGUCCCUUUCUAACGGCUGACUUCAAGCUGCUCCUGUUCUGUUCAGACCAGAAA